AUGGCUGAGCACGACGACCUGUCUGAAAUCCUCGGCCCGUCCGCCACCCGCGACGCCGUCCCCCGGCCCAACCAGACCUAUGUCAUCCUCGACCGGUCCUCCGACGCCGCCAUCGCCAUUUUCGAAGGCAAGAUCCGGCUGGAAAGGGACAUUGGCCGCGCGGGGAAUUGCUACUGGCAGUCUGUUGAAAAGGACGGCUGGAUGGGCUUCCGCGAGACGGAGCUGGAGAGGUACUUGGGCCACGACUUUUGGUGGAAGUUCACGGCGGAGAGCACGGAGCACGGCGAGUACGGGUACUUUGUGCCGAGGAGGCAUCCUGAUGGGGGAUAUGAGUUGCUGGCGCCGAGCCUGGGGAAGCUGCUGCACGUUGUUGCUGGGGAGGGCGGGGAGCUGAGGGCCACAGAGAAGGGGGGGACGACGUGGGAGUUUGUUAGGGUUGAUGAUGGUAUUGGUGAGGGUGAGGGUGGCCAUGAUGACGCCGAGGAAGAGGGGAUGGAUGGAGUGGAGGAGAUGGGAGAUGAAGAGGAGGAGGAGGAGAAGCAGUAG